AUGGAGGAUCACUCUGCGAAUGCUGUCGUCAAUCGCAAUGAACCAAUUCCCGUCAUUUCUCCCCGGAGUCGAGCAGAGAGCGUGAGCAGUACCACCUCUACUACGAAUAAUGCGCAGCACAAACAUAAGAGAUCCGGGUCCACCUCUGGACGUUCGAUACAAGAUCGACUGUUUACCAAAUUUCUCCAGCAGAUGUUCCCGGUAGAGGAAAAUGGCGACAAUGAACCCGUACUAUCAGGCGACAAGCCCGCAGCAGCUGUCGACCCCAAGCGACCUGCCUUUAGCUUACCUUUGAUGACACAAAACUUCCGUCGAUUUAACGCAAGAAUCGGCAUAGUAUUCUCCCUCCAGAAUCAAAUCGAGCGUCUACUCAACUGGCGCAAAGCGUCCCAUACCAUUUCCUUCCUCGUUGUCUACUCCUUCGUCUGUCUCGAUCCUCAUAUCCUCGCGAUUCUUCCUAUUGCUGCGAUUCUUGUCUAUGUCAUGGUUCCUGCCUUCCUCGCCCGCCAUCCUCCGCCUCCCUCCUCAUCCACGUCCAGCACUACUCCGUACUACUCCUACGAAGGCCCUGCGCUAGCUCCUCCAAAAACAAUUGAGCCGGCAUCCGAGACAUCCAAAGAUUUCUUUCGCAACCUGCGUGAUCUUCAGAACUGCAUGGCCGAUUUCUCUGAUCUGCACGAUGGAAUCAUCUCCAUGUUCGCCCCGGUCACAGACUUCUCCAACGAGAAGUUGGCUUCAGUGAUGUUCCUCUUAUUAACUGUUACCGCAGUGCUUUUAUUCCCAGCAGCGCAUCUCCUCCCCUGGAGGUACAUUAUCCUCGUGGGUGGCAACGCGGUCGUUCUAUCCAAUCAUCCAGGCAUCCAGGACUUCUUUCGAAAUCUCGCGAAUGACUUCCUAAAUGAGACAACGGGCGAACCAACGAUGUUAGAGAAAGAGGCGCAGGACCUACUUGGAAUUUCCUUGCCAUCGAGUCCGUACGCAACCAUGUCUGCCCUGGGACCGUUGGCUGAGAUCUCCUUGGAUUCAUAUACGGAGGAGCGCGAGGUGGAAAUCUUCGAACUCCAGUAUUGGUCCCCCGAGCCGUAUGCUGAAUCACGAUGGGAGCAUUUCCUCUUCAGUUCCGUUCCCCAUGAUCCACUCUCGCCAGCCCGCAUCGCAGGGGACCGUCCUCGGGGAUGUCGAUUCUUUGAAGAUGUACAACCACCCUCCGGCUGGGCCUGGAAAAACAAAAAAUGGGAAUUGGAUCUGGACUGUCGUGAGUGGGUUGUCGAGCGUAUGAUCACUGGUGUCGGAUUUGAGAUCCCCGGAAGUGAAGCAGACGGUACCGGAUCCAGCGAGGUCGGAGGCUGGGUGUGGGAUCUGCCUAUGAAAACUAAUCGCGAUGGCUCAUCUACUUACGAUCACGAUCCAACACCAAUAUCGAACGGGGAGAAGAGAAAGAACCCACCGCACAAGCGAAACGGGAAAAAGGGACCAGAUUGGGAGGAAGGAAGUGUAGGGUCCUAUGGAAUUGGCGAAUGGCGAAGGCGACGAUGGGUUCGGAUUGUGCACCGGGUUAGCGUGGAAGAUGGUAAGAAGUAA